AUGGCCUAUACUCCCAAGAAGAGCGUUCACUGGGACAUGGCGCACCCAUCUCCUUCUGAAUUUUCAUCGCCUUCGAUAGGAAAUGACACCUCAGACUCGUUCUGCUCGACAUCGAGCCUCGAAUACGUCAAUUCCCAGCUCAUCGCACACGGUUUCGUACCAGCACCAGGCCUAUGUUUGGAUGGAGUGUCGAACAAGGACUCGGAGAGGGUGGUGAAAUGUCUUAUGAGUCUACUGAGCCAGAGAAUGGAAGACAUGUCACGAACAGAAGACUUGUCGACGAAGCUACGAACACUGUCCUACGACCACCAACGUCUAACCUCGAUGCACCAGACAGCAUUAGACAAUGCCGCCAACGCAGAACGUGAAAUGAAUUUGCACAAGUCUAAAUUGACAGCGACCCAGCGAACCCUUCAGAAUGCAGAAGCAGCCCAUAAACAAACCAGCUUGGAACUCCAACGAACCAAGUCAUCUCUCCAAGGGAUACGGACAGCGCAUCAGCAAGAACUCAAGAAGAAAGAGAAGGAAAUCGACAAAUUAGCCGAGAAGUGGCAAAAACUGGCCGAUAGCCAGGCUAAAUUGUCGACAACCGCCAGUGGAAUCUCUUGUGCAAAUGUCGCUGCGAUAGAGGGUCGAACAAACCAGAUCAAGGGUCCUGAUUUCCUUGAAGUCGCUCUGGAUGAGGCGGAGAAAGCGCGAGCAGCAUUGGUAGAAGAUAACAAGCAUCUCAAGAUGCUUGUGUUGAAAGCGGUCAAUUCGAUACAGCGGAUUCUAUACCAGACGAAAGCACUCCUUGUCGAACCUACCGAACCACCGCCAUAUCCAUUCACAACGACAACGCUGUUCCCCAUCGCCUCCAUCACCACACCCAACGAGAAACUUUCCACCCUCCUCUCCGACCUUCGCGACAACCUCGAAACAGUCUCAGAACGACUCGUCGCCCCGCCCUUACCCUCUACAUCCUCCGAUGAGAAACCAACCAAGCCCAAGGCCUCCAAUGAUGAAGUCCAGCGUCUUCGAGCUACCAUCGCCUCCCUCAAAGAUGAAAUUGCUGAAUACCAACAACAAUUGGAAACCCAAUCAGAGGAGAUGCAAACGCUGCUCGAUACCAUUGCAGCGCAGCAGCGCAAUUCAGCCGAUCAACUGGGCGAAAUCAGUAUGGAACUGAAUAACCCGCUGCAAGACGAGGAACGGGAACGUUUGGAGAAGAUAAGGCAGGAGCUUGAACAAGAGGAAGAAAAACUUCAAGCUGCUGCGGCCAAGCUGCGUGCAGAGAAAGCUGGUCUGGAGGCCCAGCGAAUGAAAUUCCUCGAUGAAAAACAAGCAUGGGAGAUGGAAAAGGCGUCAGCUGUGGUACUCGUUGAACCAGAUCCGGAACCGGAACCGGAAUUCGAACCGGAGCCUGAGCCUGAGUAUGUCCCAGCCUCACCUCCCAGGCGACACAAAGUGGCGAAGGCGGCCUUUAAACCUCCCAAGAAGUCACCGCGCAAAUCACCCGCCAAAUUCGUCGCCAAAGUCGGAUCGAGCAAAGGUCACAGACCCAAACGAUCGCUCUCCUCGCCUUCCAAAGUCAUUCCAGCAUUCGAAACGGAGGUGCUGCCUUCAUUCGCGAGGCUAUCGACUCUCGCGCCUCCAACGUCCCUACUCCCAGGUGCAUUUGUGCUACCUCCACCUUCACCUCAUGCGUCCCUUCCUUCCCAACCCGCACUCCCACCCCCGGCACCAAUCUCCCCUCCGGACUUUGGUGAUAUCAAGACCCAAUAUGACGAUAAUCCUCUCGCUCCUGUCGGGCAGCCAGAGCCGGAGAGAUCUCAUACCCCUACCACGCCCGAACCGCCUAAGCGCGCCUUCCCGGUCGCCAAACCCUUCGCACAGCGCAUGGUUCACGCAUAUUCACCAGCCAAGCCCAGCCCACUAAGCCGAAUCCUCAUGUUGGCCGAUACACCACCGGGUGUACCGGAGCUGCCCGAACUUUCUAUUGUGUCGGAAGAAGAGGAUGUGCUGGGUGGGGCUGAUUCGGACUCGCCCGUUUCUGAGCCCCCUUUGACGCUUGCCCAAGAGUUGGGUGUGAGCGAGAGUCCGCCGGAUGUGCCUUUACAGGAGAGGAAGGAAGCGAACGUCGCUCAGGCCCCGACGCGUACGACGAUGAAGGGGCGUGCGUUAUUCCCUGACGCGCGUAAACCGGCUGUCUCUACGAGGGAUAAAGGCAAGAGUCGAGCAGGCACAGCGACCUUUGCUACUUCUUCGACGACCCAGCGCAAGACUUCGGGCACUUUGGAGAAGGAGAAUGAUAGAGAUGCGAAGAAGGGGAAGGGGGGAGGGGGGAAGAUUUCGCCUGUGUUCAAGGCACCUUCGACAAAGGAGUCGACAUCGAGGAGUAGUGCAGGAAAGACGGCAGGAGCGAGCAAGACUGCAAAACCGACUGCUAGUUCCGCGGCGAAGGCCUCAGCUGCCGGGAGUGUGCGUACAUCUUCCGCGAAGCCUAUGUCUAGUGUGGGCGGUGGACCCAGGAGGGUGAUGCUCGAUAGUGCUGAGGCUCCACCUGUAGCGCGGAGUCGGAGGACUUGA